CCAUAGCACCCAACAUUUUCAUUUUACUUGCUACCUUUCUUUUCGUUUUGUUUCGUUUCUUUUCUGUCCCUUUAUGGAAGCUGAAGCUAGCAAUGGCAAUGGCAAUGGCAAUGGUUGCUCCAAUGAUCACGACAUUAUCCGCUGGUUCGACACCAUAUCGACCAACGUCGCCACAGUUCAAAGAGAAACCCUUCGCCAGAUCCUCGAGUUGAACCGCGGCGUCGAGUACUUAAAGAAAUGGUUCGGGGACAAGGAUUUGGAUAUUCGAGAGAUGGAUGCAUGUGAAAUGGAAUCGCUUUACACUUGUUUGGUACCUUUAGUUUCCCAUGAAGAUUUAGAGCCUUUUAUUCAACGAAUUGCAGAUGGGGACACUUCUCCUAUUCUUACCCAACAUCCUAUUACGACACUGUCUCUAAGCUCCGGUACCACCGAAGGUCGACAAAAGUUCAUACCAUUUACCCGUCAUAGCUCGAAGACAACUUUGCAGAUCUUCCGAUUAGCAGCAGCAUAUAGAUCAAGGGUGUACCCAACACGAAGCAAAGGAAGGAUCUUAGAGUUCAUAUACAGUAGCAAAAGGUUCAAAACAAGAGGAGGACUAAUGGCUGGAACGGCAACAACACACUAUUUUGCCAGUGAAGAAUUCAGAAUCAAACAAGAGAAAACAAAGCUGUUCACUUGUAGUCCCCACGAGGUGAUCUCGAAUGGGGACUACAAACAAACAACGUAUUGUCACCUCUUACUCGGCCUCUUCUUUCAGAAAGAGGUUGAGUGCAUUACCUCGACUUUCGCUUACAGUAUCGUCCAAGCGUUCUCCUCGUUCGAAGAACAGUGGGAAGAUAUAUGCAAAGACAUCAAAGAAGGCAAUGUUAGCUCGAAAAUAACGUGGCCGAAGAUGCGGAAAGCCGUGUUGGACAUAAUCGAACCGAACCCAAUUUUAGCCUCGAGGAUUGAAGCUAUUUGCGAGGGUUUACAAGGCUCGGAUUGGUUCGGUUUGGUACCUAAACUUUGGCCCAAUGCUAAAUACGUUUACUCUAUAAUGACCGGAUCCAUGCAACAUUACUUGAAGAAACUAAGGCAUUAUUGUGGUUCGUUGCCAUUGGUGAGUGCCGAAUACGGGUCGACGGAGAGUUGGAUCGGGGUGAAUUUGGAUCCAUCUUUGGAACCCGAAAAGGUCACUUUUGCUGUAAUGCCCACAUUUUCGUAUUUCGAGUUUAUUCCUCUUUACAGACAAGAUCAAUAUUCGGGUUCUGGUAGUGUUGAUUUCAUUGAAGAUGACCCGGUUCCACUUUCCCAAGUCAAGGUUGGACAAGAAUACGAGAUUGUUCUCACUACUUUUACUGGGCUUUACAGAUAUAGACUCGGAGACGUGGUAGAAGUGAGCGGAUUUCACAACGAAACCCCAAAACUGAAAUUCAUAUGUAGGAGAAAGCUAUUACUAGUCGUUAACAUCGACAAAAACACCGAGAAAGACCUUCAAUUAGUGGUCGAAAAAGGUUCCCAAUUGCUGAGCAAACACCGAGCCGAGCUAGUCGAUUUCACGAGCCAUGCUAAACUAACGCAUCAACCGGGCCACUACGUGAUCUAUUGGGAGAUCAAAGGCAAAGUUGAGGAACGGGUCCUCUGCGAGUGUUGUCGGGAAAUGGAUGCCUCAUUUGUCGACCCCGGCUACGUCGUGUCAAGACGGACCAACUCGAUCGGACCAUUGGAGCUUUGUAUCGUCGAAAGAGGUACUUUUAAGAGGAUUUUGGAUUAUUUCAUAGGGAAUGGGGCAGCACUCAGCCAAUUUAAGACACCAAGGUGCACUAAUGACCGGACAUUACUUAAAAUCCUUGAUCUUUACACUGUUAAGAGGUUUAGAAGCACAGCUUAUGGUUAAAACCGUUAAGUAGAAUAUAACAACAACAAACAAGUUUUAUGUUUAUUUUAUUGCAAUCUUAGAAUCCAAUGUCCAUUUAUGCUAACGCAGGAAUUUGUAUUGAUGGGGGACUUUUGAAAAGAUAAUUUAAUAUAUUCACUCUCAACUAAUAAAGUGAUAUCCAAUUAAUCUAAA